AUGGACACGACGAGUAAUUGCGGCGGCGCCCGCGGGCGGAGAUGGAAGGGGAAGGCCGUGAGUUCGGCAGCGGCGGCGGAGACGCAGCAGCUGGCGCCAGUUUUACAAGACGCGCCGGCGACCGCAUUGCUUCGCCCGCUCAAGAAGAACUGCCGCCUCCGCCGCUCGGCAUCGUCGCUCUCGUCGGCCCCCGCCUCCCCGGACUCCUCCUCCGUCUCCAACCCCAUCUCGCCGCCCGCGUCCACGCGGCAGAUAUUCCCCUUCGCCUACGACCCGUCCCCGGCGGCGGCGCCCAGGCUGCUGCAGCUUCUGCACUACUCCUCCAGCCUCUACCAGCAGGCGCCUCUGCUACCACAGCAGCUGCAAAAUCAACAACAGUCACAUCCGCAGAUGAUUUCGUUCGGCGACGCCCAGCAACAACAACAGCAGCAAUUCGAGGCGGCGGCGGCCAUGGUCCCGCCGCAGUACAUGUCCCCGGACGCGCUGCGCUACUGGAGCCAGGCGCUGAACCUGAGCCCCCGGGGCGCGCUCGGCGGGGUCGUGCCACCGGCGCUGUACCAACACCUGCUGCUGCGGGGGCCCGCGCCGGGCCCGGCCAAGCUCUACCGCGGCGUACGCCAGCGCCACUGGGGCAAGUGGGUGGCGGAGAUCCGCCUCCCGCGCAACCGCACCCGCCUCUGGCUCGGCACCUUCGACACCGCCGAGGACGCAGCCAUGGCGUACGACCGCGAGGCAUUCAAGCUGCGCGGCGACAACGCCAGGCUCAACUUCCCCGACCUCUUCCUCGGCAAGGGCCGCGCAGGCGGGAGCGGACGCACCAGCGCUGCCAGCGCCGCCGCAGCCUCGGUUUCCUCCCCCUCCUCCCUGUCCGCUCCCGCUCCGUCGACGCCGGACGAGGCCCAAACACAGCAAACAACCCAGCUUCUUCUAGGCGAACAACACCAACAGCGCGGAGACGAGCCAUCCGACGCCGAGCCCAAACCUCUGCUCUCCGCGGCAGAGCAGGACGUCACCCUCGAACCCGACCGAAACCCUCUGCUCCUCAAGGCAGGACACCAAUGCGGCGACGUCAACACGGCCAUGAUGCAUCAGCCUCCAUCCACGCCCGGCGGCGUCUGGGGGCCGGCCGACGACGCGUGGUUCAGCGCGUGGGGUCCCGGCAGCUCCGUCUGGGACUACGACAUGGACAGCGCCCACGGGCUCCUCCUCCAGUCUCGCUUCGCCGGCGAUCAGGCGGCCGGCAUGGAGUACGUCCCCGGCGCGCCGGAAGUCCACAUGGCGCCGGCGCCGUCGCCUUCUCCUCUCCCUCCUCGUGCUCCCUUCUCCUGGAAGGACUGAACACUCCUACUCUUCCUCCUCCCAUCUCUGAACAUCUCCACACACACAAAAUUUCCCUAAGCUGUGAGAUGCCCGCAGGCUGCAGAUUUUUAACAGACAGCCUGCGGCAUGAUCACGCCAUAGGAAACAUCUCAUGACCUUUUCUUUCUUCUCCCUAAACCCUGAUCGAUUUUCUCCUGAAAAUCACAAGCCCCCGGCUGCAUUUUUUAGGCUGGGACAAGGAUGGGCUAUAUUUCAGCUCCCGUCCUUGUAGAUCAUUUCCUGAUGAUUGUUUUUAGAUCUAGGUAGUAGCUAGCUAGUAGUGUUCAUCAACUGUUUCUUGCAUUUUCAAGAUGUUAUGUAUGACUUUAGGGAUUGCCAAUAAAGGUUUGGGAAGAGGAGACGAAUUUUAUGCUCUCCUCUUGUUCUUACCAUGAAAAUUGUGUUUUCUGCAGUAUUGUACCCUGUACUUCUAUAUGUGUAUCAUUGGUUCCAUGAUUGGUGAAUUGAUAGCUCCUGAUUU